UAUGGAUAGUUAUUUCAAACAACUUGUAGAAUUUAAUACAGGAUUCGACGAUUUUUUUACUACUUAUCCGUUCUACAACGAAGAUUCACCAAGGCUGCUUAGAUCAUCUUUUGGACGAUCUCCUACUUCUAGGAGAGGUUGGAAUAAGAAAAGAAAGGCUUUUUAUUCCCCCCUCUACAUUGAAUUUGACUCGGAAGAUGAUGAAAUUAGUUACAAUGAUUUGAAUAGGAGAAAACAACUGAAAUGGAACAAAACAAAAAAAAGAGGAAAUGCUAGAACUUUCUCUCAAAGUCUGGACCUGAAAGAUUACGAUCCCGAAGAAGUUGAAGUCAAGAUGGCUAAUGGAGCCGUAGAGGUUUCUAGCUCUUCUUGUCAAGAAAAAGAAGGACACUUUAGCACGAAGCAGAUGUAUCAUCGCUUUACUUUACCUAAAAAUGUUUCAAAAGAAGAUGUGAAGAUAUCAUUCAAUGAUAGCGGAGUUCUCUCAAUAACUGAGGAUAAACAAAAAGAGUUGAAGAAAAUUAAAUCUUAUGAGAAUACCAAAGCAACAAUGGAAUUAAAAAAUGAUGAGAAUGAACGAGGUAACGAAUUGAAAACAAUAGAAAAUAAGUCUAUCUUUAAACAAGAAGUAGAUGUCUCAGGAUACGAUCCCUCUGAAUUAAGUGUUAAGCUAAUAAAUGGAACAGUUGAAGUAGCCGGGCUUUCUGUAAAAGAAGAAGAUGGAGCAAGAUGCGAAAGAAGAAUACGGAAAACUUUUCCCAUUCCUAAAGAUGUUCAUGAAGAUGAUUUGCAUUCCUUUUUGGAUAAUAAUGGUAUUUUAAGAAUAGCUUCGGAGAAAAGUUGUAACGAGGAGCCUGUUGUUCAGAGAUUUACGCUGGGGGAAGAGAAUAAAAAAGAGAAUGUUGAAAUGAUUGAACUAGAUGAAAAAGAGAUAUAA